GAUUCUUCGACACUUCAAAUAAUCGAUUAACCUUACUAACCAGAGUUAUCAGAGUCAUUUGAUAACAUCUGUCUUCAUAUUUACUAUUUUGUUUCGUUCCUAGUUUUUCCAUUUUAGGUCAGCGCCCCUGGGCAUGUGAAACAGAGGAUAAGUAUGAAAGUAAGAACUAAGAAGCUUUGGUUCAUCCGCCUGCCAACUGCCCUUUCCCGUUCCUUUCUUUCUUUAAAUUCGUGAAAACGAAAGCGAAAAAGAAAGGAGAAGUCCAAUAAUGGCGGCUUCAUAUUUUUCUCUGUGUUAGGUUCAGCAUUAAUGAUUUCCUUUUUCUUGCUUUCCCAUGUUCUUAUAUAAACUACAUAUGUUAGAUUAUUUAAGAGGAUCAUGAAUUUGAGCAACUGGGUAUCUCUGGGUUUUCUUGUUAUUGCCGUCUUCCUCUUCUACACCUACCAAUCUGAUCUGCCUUCCUUCUCCACUGUGAUAAACAUGGCUGCUCAACAAGAAGACUCUUCUUCUUCAUCAUCCAGCUCCAUCUAUGACUUCACAGUCAAGGACAUCAAAGGGAGUGAUGUGAGUCUUAGUGAAUAUAAGGGGAAGGUUCUUCUCAUUGUCAAUGUUGCUUCCAAAUGUGGCUUGACGCAAGCUAACUACAAGGAAUUGAAUGUGUUGUACCAGAAGUACAAAGACCAAGGGCUCGAGAUCUUGGCCUUCCCAUGCAACCAGUUUGCUGGACAAGAACCAGGGAGCAAUGAGCAGAUUCAGGAAACUGUCUGCACCAUUUUCAAAGCCGAGUUCCCCGUCUUUGAUAAGGUUGAUGUGAACGGGAAGAACACAGCACCAUUGUACAAGUUCCUGAAAGCAGAGAAAGGAGGGUUUCUGGGAGAUGGCAUCAAAUGGAACUUCACCAAGUUCUUGGUGAACAAACAAGGCAAAGUUGUGGAGCGCUAUUCUCCCACCACAUCACCUCUCAAGAUUGAGAAAGAUAUAACCAACUUGUUGGAAUCUUCUUAAACAAGAUGCAAUUUGGUUUAGGUAUAGAUCCAAUCGCGUUCGUCACUGCUGUUUCUGUUCGCUGCGAUUCGCGCGAGUCUGAUGUGGAUCGAAUCAUUGCUUACUCCAGUUAAGAGCCAGCAGCAAGGCAGUGGUUGUGUAAUAUGAUGCCCCUAAACAUGAAUUGCCCUAAUAAAUCAAACAAUGUUCUCCUUUUUGCUGUCUUUUUCCUUCUUUGGGGAAAAUGUUCUGGUGGCACUGGUUUUUAAUCUGCCUUUCUAAUGGCAGCUCAUUACUGAACUGUCAUGACACAGAUAGAUGCUUCAAAGAUAUUCCUUUGUAUCUGAAUUUAUAUGUUUAAUUCUGUUAUGUGUUGUCAUGUUAAGACAAGCAUCUAUUGCUUUUACGUGCCAGAAAGUAUAUUCUGAUUGUUGCCAAAAUCUUUCCCAACUAGUGCUGGAGAUUGAAUUUGACCUGGAAAACUCCAAUGCAUAUGACUAGCUAGCCACUCAAAUUCAUUAAAAUAUGAACAUGAGAGAUUUAGGAGAAUCAGCCGAAGAGGAGACUCGAAUGCGACACUUAAAACUUUUAAAAUCAUUUGAUAAAUUAAUAAUUCAUAUAGAUGAGAUGAAUGUCACAAUGAAUUUGUUUGGUGGAAUGAGUGCUGAUAUUAACAUAGAACGAUAAUGAUUGAAAAUGUGGUGUAUCUCAAAAAAGACCGCUCAAAGAGCUCAAUUCCUCGAGAUUGGUUUGGACAUCAUCGACAAAAAUCUUAUUACAUUAGUACAAUUCUUAUGAAAACCAUAAAUAAACACAAAAGGAACUCGAUUUUUCAUGUGCAGAUAUUGAGUAAGUACGAGUCAACCACCAAAUCAACUAAUCAAUCAUGUUACUUAUAUAAGUUGAUUCGAUUUUCCAACUUGCAAUAAGGGACAAGAAAAAAU